ACAACACUUAUAUCGAAUGUGUCAAAGUGAAAAUAAUAAUAAUAAUAAAAAUUAAAAUUUUUUACAAAAUUUUUCAAUUUUGAAAAUUAAACUAAAUUAUCCAAAAAAUAUGUAUAAACUAAACAGCAUGAACUCGGUUGUCAUACCAGCGAUUGAAGCAUCGGAUAUACCAUAUGGCAAAUUCAAAAUCUUAUUUAUCAAUGUUUUCACUAUACUAUAUAAAGCGGCCACAUUAAGUCCGCGUAAACUUGGCAUGGAUCUGAAAACAAUUAACAAAGCACUUGAAACUUCCUGUUGCAACACUUUACUAUCGCAUUUACACAUCAUUUUUGUAUCACUGCUCAUUUUAGCGAAAUUCAUUUUCGGUUAUGUGGGGUUAGCGGCCAAUAUUUUGGCAUUGUUCCCUAUUUUAGCGGAAGAAUUUGCCGACCUUUUAGUGCCAUCCAUUUAUACCCAAUUCGUAGAGAAUAUAAUAUUCACCAUUAUUGAAGUAAUAGUCGGUGGUUUAACGGUACGUUAUUGCAUGCCAUGUAAAAUAUCACUAUUCACCAUUUUCUUGGCGAAAAAUAUAAUACAAAUAUCCGUUGGCAUAGCAGCGCUCAACAUGUACACAGAUCUUCAUCAAAGCCUCAUGUAUCAUAUAGAAGAAACUGACUCUGAUAUUGAAACGGAUCAGAAGGAAUUCUUUUUGCGCAAAGAAAGUUUCAUUUGAAAGGGUUAAAAAUAACAAAAAUAACCAAAAAAAAUAA